GGUCCAGAGCCCUCUAGCUGGGGACAUCCUUGGAUGAAAAGAUUGGGAUCAGAGAAGCCACAAGCAGGCCACUUCCUCUCACUCACUCUUCUCCGCUUCUCAGAGGCAGCUCCUACUCACUUUUUUCAAGAUCCCUAUCUGCUCGGGCAGCGGGGAAGUCUCUUCCCUCACUGGGGUGGGGAGGGGUGUGGUCAACAUGGCCACUGUACCCACCUCUUCCCCAGGUGACUUCCCCACCUGGGAGGUCCCAUUUUGCUCUAUAAAAGCCCGGCCACUGCAGGAUGGGCCACGGGGAGCACUUGCUUCACCAACUCGUGAGACUACUCCAGAGAGACCCAAGCCAGCCCACGAUGAAGCUCACCACCACAGCCCUGGUGUGCCUGCUGCUGACGGGGACGUGCCUGCAGGAUGGGAACAGCUUGAGCCUGCAAGUGUCGUCUUCCAGUUGUUGCUUCACACCUGUGAAGAGAGCGAUUUCCCUGAAGGGGAUCCAGUGUUACCAAAACUCCAGUUCCUCCUGCUCCCACCAGGAUCGUAUAAUAUUCAAGAUGAAAAGAGGCAGGAAGAGCUGUGCCUUGAAGACAGACAAAUGGGUUACCGCUAACUUAUGGAAGAUAAAACCUUGCUCACCGACACAAGUGUGAUCCAGUUUCCUUCUACCCUGGACUCCCGUGGCUUCACCUGCCCCCACCCCCCACCCAAACCCCUCCACCCUCCACCUGUUCUGGGCCAACGCUGCUGGGCCACUGAGGGUCUGGUGGGUGGUAGCGCUUUACAUAUUUAAAUUAUAGAACCCUCUAUUUCUGCUUCCCUGUGCCUCUCUGACCCCACAGGGACCUCAGGUUGCAAACGUGAUCAGCACUGAGGGUCUGGGGCCAGCGGCUGGAGGGUGCGGGAGCAGGGGAGACAUGUUGAACCUGGUGCCAAGGGAACUGACUUCUUGUCAAUAAGAGUCAAUAAAUCAGGGGUGGGGAGCAUCUGGGCUGUGGGCCUUAUAAGCCCCUGAAAUCAUUGGAUCUGGCCAUGUCAAAGCAUUAGGGGUGAAUUAAAUGUUUGACCAAAUAUAGCAAGCUAAUUUGUUGAUAAUCUUGUAUGGCCGAAAGUGAUAUUACAAAUAUCCAAAUGGCCCUUGGCAGAAAAAAAAAUCUCCUUCUCCUUCCGUACCUUCACCUUUCUCCUCCCUGCCCUG